UCCUUCGUAUCCUCGCAUACGGCGGCUCGCCGACGCCCAUCCCCGGGAGCGAACCAAAAAUUUUAAUUUUCCCCUUUCUAUUGUUAGCCCAUUCUCUCCUUCUUUCUCCUUCUCCUUCGAGCUCCCGCCUUCUCUGUACGCCUCGAUCUAUCUGUGGCUUAGGGUUUUUGGCCGAUAGAUGGGCGGGCGCUGAGAUCUAGGGUUUUCAAUCGAAUCGAUUAGGUUCUCAGAGGAGCGAAGACCAUGAGCGCUGUGAACAUCACCAACGUUACCGUGCUGGACAACCCGGCGGCGUUCCUUAACCCUUUCCAGUUCGAGAUCUCCUACGAGUGCUUGGUCCCACUCGAAGAUGAUUUGGAAUGGAAACUCAUAUAUGUAGGGUCUGCAGAGGAUGAGACCUAUGAUCAGCUCCUUGAGAGUGUGCUUGUUGGUCCUGUCAAUGUCGGGAACUACCGCUUUGUAUUCCAGGCGGACCCACCAGACCCUACAAAGAUACGUGAAGAAGACAUUAUAGGUGUGACAGUGCUGCUUUUGACUUGCUCUUAUUUAGGUCAGGAGUUCAUCAGAGUAGGCUACUAUGUGAACAAUGACUAUGAUGACGAACAGCUAAGAGAAGAACCACCGCCAAGGGUUUUAACUGACAGAGUUCAGAGAAAUAUCUUGGCUGACAAGCCCCGUGUCACUAAGUUCCCCAUCAAUUUCCAUCCUGAACCCAGUGAUAGCGGCGGCCAGCAACAGCCACCACCACCUACUUCGCCUGCAAACCGUGUCAGUGAUGAGGCACAGUUUGACCAGCUUCCAAAAUGAUUUUUUUUUUUAUCAAUAUAAAGUGAGAAGGUCCGAAACAAUAUGGACAAGGCUUGAUGGUUAUGGCUCUGGUAAGGCGAACGGAUGCAAAUGCUUAACCUUUUGGGGUCUUUGUAGAAAUAGAACUGUUCCAGUGGCUUCUGAGCAUGCUAUUCCAGCUCAACUGCAUUUUGUGAUGCAAAUAUUUUUGUGCAUCGCUUGAAUGUUGGUAUACCAUAAGUGAUGAUUAUGGGCUGGUUAAGCAUGGUUUUGGUGGCUGCUGGAACUCUUGUUUGUUGAUCUGAUGCCUUUGUUUUGUUUGUUCAAGUGAUUCACAAAGUGUAACAAACUUUUUGUGAUGAUGGAACUCUAUUAUAUACUUGAGCCCAAUGUCAUGAUUCACUGUGUCAAUUGUUUUAAGCAUGCGUCCUAGUGAAACUCAUUUCAUUCAA